CUAGUGAAUAACAUCCAAAGUACCUACUACAAAGUUUUGAACAAAAUCAAAAUGAGUGAAGAAAUACGAAAUAGUGUGCAUGAAGAAGAAAACAUAUACGAAAAUAUAGAAAUGGUAUUAGCUAGAGGAAACACAGUAGGGGCAACAAACCAGCGAGGAGUAGAUAAGCAAACGUCAAAAAGACCAUACGCUAAAUAUUUAUAUGCUUUGUUGGUCUUGGGAAUGCUUUUGGUGGCAAUUACUGGGAUUUGUUACUGGUAUUUCAACAAAACAGAUGUUUCAAAAGAGAUAUUCUCAAUAAACGCUACAAACAUUACUGAGGACAACGCUACUAGCGAAAAAAUUACGCCACUCGCAAUAAAUGCUACAAACAUUACUAAGGACACUGCAGGCGAAACAACUACGCUUAGUAAAUUUCUUAAUGAUUUUAAUAAGAUACUCUCAAUAAACGCUACAAACACUACUGAGGACAACGCUACUAGCGAAAAAAUUACGCCACUCGCAAUAAACGCUACAAACAUUACUAAGGACAACACUGCAGGCGAAACAACUACGCUUAGUAAAUUUCUUAAUAAUUUUAAUAAGAUAUUCUCAAUAAACGCUAUAAACAUUACUGAGGACAACGCUACCAGCGAAAAAAUUACGCCACUCGCAAUAAACGCUACAAACAUUACUAAGGACAACACUGCAGGCGAAACAACUACGCUUAGUAAAUUUCUUGAUAAUUUUAAUAAGCCAUUCUCAACAAACGCUACCAACAUCACUAAGGAAAACACUACUGGCAAAACAUCUAAGGCAUUCUCAACAAACGCUACCAAUAUCACUAAGGACAAUACUACAGGCAAAACAACUACGACACGGAUUUAACCUGACAGCUAUUCUGACGUCAAGCGUUCCCUUUUUUGGCAGAACCGACGCCCCGCCGUGUCAAAAAACGCGGACGAAAAAUUAAAUGUAGUUACUCGCUAGAAGCUAAAUUUAAUAGAGCUAGAUAUACUUAAUAACUUAUUUGUAAUGUUCCAUACUAUUAUGUCACUGUUAUCCAUCAUUAUAAAUUUUAAAAUGUAUCUCAUAAACAAAUAAACUCUUAUGAGAAUCUAAA